AUGGCAAAUUGCAUGAGUUUUACCAUUCCCUUAGCCCUUUUACAGCACGAGUUUUACCAUGCCCUGACGGAAGAUGAUGUUCCAGAUGAAGCAGAGAACAAGAAGCCAAAAGAUUUGACAGUGGAACUCUUUCAGCAAGAGAAGAGGGGGUCAGUAGUCACGUCUGAUUUGGACAGCAAGGAUGUGUUUAUUGUCGACACCAAGAAAGCUGUCUUCUUCUGGAUUGCAUUGGAAACCUCUGUUGCUGAAAGAAAGAAUGCAAUGACUUAUGCCCAUAAAUAUCUACAGAAAACUGACCAUCUACUUCUGAGCGUCACAUGCUUGUCUGAGGGAAAACAUGACAGACAGAUCAGGAUGGCUCUCAGCGCCUAGUUACCCGAGGACAAAGGCCGAGGCUUAUCUAAUCCAUUGAUUAAUAUUUGACACCGAGAGAUGACAGUUUCUGAUUUGAAAGAAACUUUUAAUAUGUUGUUUUGAUAUCAGAUAUAAUCGUAGUUCAAAUGUUUUGAUGUAGGUUUUAGCAAUACAUAGUUUUCUAUCCAAUGAGAUGGAUUUCUUAUCCAAAGAUAUAGCUAUAAUUGAGAUUUAGCAAUAUGUAUAGUAUUAUUAUGUAUGGAUUUAUGUUCGGGGGAAAAUUACCACCGAUUGUUGGAAAAAGUCAUCUUUGUUUCUCUUUAUCAAUUAUCUUUUUUUCACUUUAUAUGCUUAUUUUAUAUAUUUUUCAUAUAUACAUGUACAUACAAUUAUCAAAGUUACUUAUAUAAAGGGUAGAUUAUAUGGGUUUUGGGGUUUAUGAUUAUUUUUGGAAUUCUUUUUCAUUCCUUUCUUUUUUUCUAGUUUUAUAGUGCUAUUUUCUUGUGCAAUAAUGCAGCAUAUCGCAGAUCAUCCUUAUAUAGAAAUAAAAGUUAUAACAUUCAA